CAUCUGUAUACUAGGAGGAAAGUCAACAAUGUCCUCUCCAAGGAAGGUAACUGAGAAGCGGCAUAACCCAGUGGAAAGCAUUUGUAGAAAGAUCAGAGCCAUCCACAAGAGAGAAGCAAUUUCAAAUCCAAUUCAGCAGAUUAUCAAAUACCAAUCUAGCAGUUUUGAUAGCCCACAGACGAACACCAAGAAAGAUUUUGAAGAGGUACUGAGGAAAAUGACUGCUGCUUGUGUUCCUAUGCCUGACUCUCAUUGGUCAAGUUCUGAGGAAGUCGAUGCCUUCAUUUCAUCGCCUCAAAUAAUAUCUCCAAGAACCCCGUCCACCUCUCACCUCAGCUCCCCUGAGACUGCAACAUACUCUGUUAUUCUCACAAGUUCUGAAAACGUCUCAAAGCCGAAGUCACAGAGCAACAAGAAUUAUACAUCUUUGAUGUCACAGAUCAGAAAAGCAGAGUUUUUCUCUAACAAGGAUUUGAAUAACUAUUGUAGUGAAAAUAAUUUUAGUACCUUAACACUUGACUUUGAUUCCACCUUUGUUCAAAGCUUGAAGUGUUUUGAUCCUCAGGAUUCAGUGGUAAAAAAAUUAUCUCUGAAUGAAGAUGGAUGGAAACAAGAAGCUGAUGAUGGUAAAGAAGAUGUAAUAUACAGCAUCAACAGGGCCUGUAAAGAAGAGGCACUCACAAGUAUUUUUAAUGCAUGUGACAUCAAAUGGAAAGGCUCAGUCGGAGUGGCCAAAAUAAUCAAUUUCCUGAGACAAACAACUAGCCAAAAUUCUGAAGACAGUGGCCUUGAGCAAUUGUGGAACAUGCUUGAUCCUGAGAAGAGAGACCCACAUGUGGACCUGGAAACUUUCCAGGCCAUGAUGAAAGACUGGAUGGCUUACUGUGGAAACAAAUGGGAAGGAGUGAAUCAUAGAUUAAGCAGCAUCAUCGAUGAUUCUGUUUGUGAACAGGAUGGCAUAAAAUCAGAUGGAACAAUGAAGAUGAGCACAGAUAUAACAGAUUCUACAUCGGGGAGCUUCGAGGCUUUGGGAGGAGAAACAUCUAAAGGAGUCUUAGAGGUGUCUGAUUUGAUUGCCUACGUAGCAGACCUUCAUUUCAACAAAAGAAAACUUGAGGAAGAAAAUAAUAAGUUUAAGUUGGCUUUAGAAACCCUGGAAGAAACUAACAGCCAGUUAUCAGAGGACUGUACUGAAUUGCGCCUUCAGGUAAAAAGUGCCCACCAGGCUAUUAUGAGAACAAAUCUGUUAAAAGAAGAACUGGAGGAACUGAAACUUAGUAUGAAUGCUUCAGAAGAGCAGAAGAGCAUGAUUGUAGCCCAGAGCAAACAAUUAGAGACAGAAAACCGGGCUCUGAUUCUUAAGAUUCGGAUUCUACAGGAAGAGAAUUUCAAGAACAUCAUGGAUAUAGACAGACUGGAAAAGAAGAUUGAAGACUUGUCUAAAACUGAGACAGAGCACCAAAUGCAGUUACACACAUAUGAGAACACUUUGCUUAAUAAAGAUACAAGUUUGCAGAAGAAAGGCUUAUAUAUAGAAGAACUUAAAUCAACCAUCAUAGAAUAUGGAAGCAUUAUAGAGAAUUUACGAGGGGAAAAAAAUAAACUGGCUCAUGAGUUACAGCUCUUGCAACAGGAACUCAUCACAAAUGGGAUCCAGUUGAAUGUUAAUGGAGAGUGUAACAGUAUCAUCUCUGAAGGAGAAAAGUCUUUACAUUAUGAACUCACUCUUGCUCAGUCUGCAGAGAACACUGAAACAGAGAGGCAGCACAAUGUAAUCAACUUGUCAUCUCUGGAUGCCAUGAUGGAUCAGGAAAUGCUGCUAUUACUAAGAGAGCCUGCGCAGAAGGCAGUGGAAUUCACAGCCACGCUUCAGAAGCUGCACGAAGAAAUUUCUAAAAUUGCAACCCUCAUUGAAAACUCUCGAUGGUGGGUAACUAAUCCAGAAAUUACUGUGAAAGAAAAGUGGGAGGAGCAGCUUACUGUAAGUGUUUUAUAUUUUGUGAUUUUCCUGGUUUUUCUUCUACUUUGUUAAGCCAGGUAAUAGUAUAUACAGUACCAUUUCUAAGACUUUAUUGUAGUCUUCUGCUAUCUUAGUCUGAUCAUGAGUAUAGACUA